AUGGCGAGCGGUAAAGAACUCAACUCAUCAUGUGUGCUUGACAAGGAAGACUCACCAGGGGACCGUCUCCAUUACCAGAAUGGACAUUUCCGAGAUCCAGAGAUGGAAGGUCUCACAUUGUAUGAGAAGAAAGCCCUGCUUGUCAACCGUGAAUUGGAUUCCCACGGCAUGGGGAAAUACCAAUGGUACAUCUUCUUCCUAUGCGGGUUCGGCUACCUUGUAGACCUUCUUUACGCCCAAGCCUUUGGCCUCGUGGAGCCAGCGAUGCGACAGGAAUUUGGCUUUGGACCUCAAGAUUCCGGCCACAUUUUCUCUUCCUUCUCAGCAGGACUGACAGCUGGGGCAUUUGUCUGGGGCGUUUUGGUAGACAUCAUUGGCCGCCAGUACGCCUUUAACCUGACAGUCUUGAUCUCUUCGGUCUUCGGGAACAUUCCGAUUGAUACCACAAUAUGUUUGGAAUUCCUCCCUCAAAACCGCCGCUUUCUUCUAGCUAUGCUCUCAAUCUUUCAGCCUCUUGGCGUAGUCAUUUCAUCGGGCAUAGCAUAUGGGUUCAUUCCGUUCUACUCUUGCGGAAACGGCGCAGAUAAGAAACCACUUCCGGCUUGUAGUAGCAGUACGCUUGCUCCUGGAGCGCCUUGUUGCACGAAGGCUUCGAACAUGGGUUGGAGAUACACGUUAAUCUGCCUUGGGGCCAUCUGCGUAACCAUUUUCUUCCUACGUUUUGUUGUGUUCCGUUUCCAAGAGUCUCCAAAAUUCCUACUCUAUAGGGACAGGGAUGACAAAGCCGUAGAGGUGCUUCAAAAGAUUGCCAAAUUCAAUGGUCGCGAGAGCAGCAUCACCCUGGAAAGUUUUGAGGCUUUGACCAACGAGCACGCAUCUAUGGUCAACAGAGAUACUGAUAUGCCGAUACCCAAUGCGGGAAUGGAGAAGCUCACGAGCACCUGGGUCGAAAAUAUCAAGACUGAAUUGCAAAGGUGCAAGAUACUAUUCUCGACCUUUCCUUUGGCUCGAUUGACAAUUUUGGUCUGGAUUACCUAUAUCUUUGAUUAUUGGGGAUUCAGUAUUGCGGGGUCUUUCCUGCCGACCAUUCUACUUCAAAAGAACAACGCCAUUGACAUUUCGACCGCAGAGACAUAUAGGAAUUUCGUUAUCAUUUAUGUCUGCGGCAUACCCGGUGUUAUGCUAGGUGCGCUGAUGUACGUGAUCCCACGAGUUGGUCGCAAAUGGGCUAUGGUAGGAUCUUCGGCCCUUAUGGGCAUAUCGCUGUUCCUCUUCGCAACGGUCAACACCGAGGCUUCGAAUAUCGGACUAAAUGCAAUGGAAUACUUUUUUCAAUCCAUGUUCAACGCUGUCCUCUACGGAUGGACACCAGAAGUAUUUCCAGCACCAAUCAGAGGGACCGCGUCCGGGCUCGCUAGCUUUUGGGGUCGGCUGUUUAGUAUAGUCUCACCGUUGAUUGCGGCGGAUUUGCUUUUGAAGAGUGGGGAGGUCAAUAACGAACAAUAUACUGGCAUGAUUUUCACCUCCUAG